AUGGGAAACUACAGACCGGUCGAUGUCGAGAGCAAACCGGCCGAUGGGCGCAUGUAUUCUUCUUCUUCUUCUUCUUCUUCUUCCGAUCGGCAGUGGCCGAUCUGUCGCCUGUUUACAGUAAUGCUUUUAUGUUCCCAGGUCGACAGGAGUGAUCAGAUAUUCCCCCGGUAUUCACUGUUCCUCACGGAAGCACGUUGACGUUCGGCGUCGCGCUAUUUAUUGAUGGGGCCUCAGCGGGGUUCGAGGGCGUCGCCCACUGCCCGUCGUCGUGCCAACACUAUGGCGAUUAAUGACCAUCAAUAGCUCACGGGCAGACCGGGUCAACGGCUUGAUUAAAUGGCAGUGGCAUUGGCUGCAUGGGGCUAAACCUAAUCAGUUUGAGGCUAUGAAGAUAAUGCACGGUGGCGGGCGAUGCCUUGACCGAGAUGAUUCUUCCCGUUCCCCCAUUUCUGCAUCUCGAGACGGGGUCCCACGGCCACAGCUGCAUGUAAUCCCUGGAUGUAAUGUAAUGGAGGCUCCAAUGAAGACCAAGCCGGAAGCCCACCGCUCCCUUUCCAGUUCCUCACCGCCCGCGCAUUCAGCGGGCGGGGGUCGAUCUAUCGACGAGGAAAAGAAAGGCUUUUGGCUGAGCCGCCGCUCUCGGCAUCUCUCAUCCGAACCUCUUCGUUGUAGUUGAUGGUGCGCGCGGGGGCCCGAGUCUUUGGUCUUCUACGCCGGCCGUAAUCUUUCCUAGGCCCUGCAUGCAGAGUGCGCCUCUCCCCCCAUUUUACCGCGUAUCGUCCGUCCCACGCCUACGACCUCGCGCGAUGGCUCCGCCGAGAAGUAUCUAAUGGCUGUCGCCGCCGUCAGGAUCGAUUUCGGGUUCUCUUUCACGUUAUAGACAGACAGAUAAAUAGAUGGAAAGAUAGGGGGAUAAUGAUCGUGAAUCGGUGGCCUUCCUCAUAGGCCUCUCGCCAAUGCCGACGGUCGGGGCAGGAGAAGACUGAUUCCCCCGAAGGCGACGAACGGCGAUGGACGAGAACGCGACGACGGAUUCAGUGCCUGGGUGGGGGCGGCGCUCGCUCAUCACGAGGAUCCCACCGCUGGCAGGCAGGCAGGCACCGAUGAAUGGGAGGGGAGGGGGGCAGUUGGCGGCGGCGGUGGUGGAGGCCAGUGGAGGGCACGCGCGACAGGGAGUUGACGCGCAGCGGCGUAUGCGCCCGUCGCCUUCGGUGAGGGCCAAGAUCCCGUUUUCCGCCGUCAGAGCCGACCCCCUCGCGCACUCUGAUCAUGGGGCGAGGCCGAUCGAUCUACGGCAGCCCCCGCUCGUGCUCAUUUACUGCUCCCCCCCCCCCCCCCCCCGCCCCCCCUCAUCUAAUCGCUGUCAUCCUCCCCCUUCCGCAUCACGUGGAGCGGGACCUGCUUUCAAGAAAUGUUCUCGCAGGUCGUCUUAGUUUAUUUAUCUCGCAGGCUUGCUCCGCCCACCCGGCGGCCACCUCUCUCCCUCUCCGGGGCCGAUCGCCACUAGUAAUGAAUGGGCGGCCGUCUCUGGUAAUAAAUAAAUUAGCCCUCAUCUCGUUUCGAGAUCUGCGUUUAGCGGGGUUCCUCGUGAACGGGGGGGGGGGGUGACGCUCCGCCAAAGGGCCUAGCGCCAGUGCAGCUGCCAGCUCUGGGCAGACUGCGCAUAGCGAGGACUGAAGAAAGAAAAGGGCUUUUGUAAUACCCCGCAAUUACGACCGCCAAUGCGUCGACGACGGUGGCGCCACCCGAGGACGGGGAGGAAGUAGCACUGAGCGCCGUCGUGCCCCUCCCACGGCCAGGUUCCUGUUGCGAAGCCGUCGACGCUGCCCACGUCUCCGUUUUGGCCCAGAAAGCGUCGAUGUCGCCCCGGUGUGGCGGUGCAGGUUAUCGAGGAGAAGCGGACGAACCGGCCGCCGCACUUGCUCUGGAUGACGAGGCUUCUUGCUCCUCUUCUUGUACCUCCGACCCGACGUCUCCUUCCCCGCCGCCCCCCGGUGUCUCCUCGAGGCCAGUGGGGCCUUCUCAACCUGUUGAUUUGCAGGUACUCGCCCCAACGCCCACGAAGAGUACGCUCCUCUUCCCCCCUCUUCCUAGAGAGAGAAUUAGAAAGUCCCGACGUAAUUGGAAAUGGCACCAGCCCCAAUCGGCCUUACGAGCUCCGCCCUCGGCCAUCACUUUCCAUUCUCAACUUAUGACAGUCGCUUGCGUCCUGCUGAGUCCCCCUGAGGGCUCAGCAGUUCCUCCGCCUUUCUCCCUCUGUGAAUUGUGCUCCUCCCCGCGUGGUUGCCCGGUCUUCUGUUUGGGCAUCAUCAACGCCCGUUUUGGGGUGAUUGCUUGGCCUUUGCCAGCCAUUCAUUCCUGGAAAGAUCGAGGGGUUACGCUUUUUCGGGUAACGGGUUUCCUUGUUCAUUGUUCCGCAAUCAGUUUUACCUGCUUUUCCGUGUGCUCUAGGUUGCCCUGCGGCGCGAGAGAGAAAGCAAUAGAAAGAAAGAUGCCAAGAAAUGCCAAUACAGGCAUCAGCUGGAACGAGAGGUGAGAGUAUAUGGCUCCCUCUUCUUUAUCAGGGUCGAUGGUUUCAGAGUGCGCGGCAUGCACUUGGGGCGAUGGAGUCGCAGGGUGGUGUGAAUAAAAUCGACCGCCUUCUUGAAGCUCACAUCGCCAGUCGUCUACAGGUCCAGAAAUUGCAAGCGCAACUACAGGAAGAAAUCGACUUACAUGUUGCCCUCGCUGGUGCGAUCGGGCUGAAUGCCUCGUCGUUGAACUCCCCGUUCAAUCUCCCGGAUAAGGUACCCUCCGCCGAUCUCCUUCCUUCCUAUCAAGGUCGAUGGGAUGAAUGCAGCUCUCCUCCCCAUUCUCGUACUUAUCACAAUUUUUUCUCGCCUCUAUAUCGUUUUUAGCCGUAUACAAUCACCCUGCUCGGCUCGUCACGUCAUAACACGUCUUGCAGGCUCAAGAGCUUGUAGGAAACAUCAUUACCCUGGAGAUUACUGUCUCCAAGCUUGAAGACGAAUUGAAUACCUUGCAUCGUAGUAUCACACGUGCAAGGAAUGAACGCGAGCUUUCUAAGAACAACUCCGGAAAUCCGUCCUCUCCGUCAUCAAGGCCUGAGUGUUUUUCUGAUUAUUCAUGGGAAGAGGUAAUCUCUUCCUUGUUUCUUCCGUGUGAGGAUGAUUUUCGAUAUCUCAUGCUCGUGUUGCUAAGCCAAGGCUGUCAUCCGUGUAUCGCCAGCACAUAUCUUCUCUGAGGGCAUCAAAGAGUAUACAAGCUCCUCAUUCUUUGGAAACAAUUCCUCCUGCUGCUCCUGGGCAUCCACAAUCAUUGGCAAUGGAUAAUCCAUCCGGCUUCUGUAAGGAAGAAGAGGUAUGGGUUCAACAUGGCAAUCGUUUCGUUUCACCAAUGGCAUACUAGAGAACCAUACAAUUAAUUGCAGAUGAAGAAGAGCUUUACAGAUGCCCCCCCCCCCCCCCCCCCCCUUCCCCCACAUCAUUUUAAAGCAAACAAUUGAAGACCAACUUACUGUUUUUGUGACAGGGAUCACAGUCAUGCAGUACAGAGUACGAUGAGACAGAGGUUCAUGCGCAUCUUGAACAAGUAGAUGCAACCAAUCCCUUGAGUGGGGAUUUGCUAAUGAGGAACCUCUGGCAUAACCCUAAUCAGCUUUCCGAAGAAAUGGUCAGGUGCAUGAGAAACAUUUUUCUGUGUCUCUCGGAGGCUUCCACCACGUCAUCCAAGGUCUCUUCUUCAGAGGGCCCGGUCUCCCUGUGUUCCCCAAUUGAACCCGUGUCCAACUCUUCCCGGGCAUCUUUACCAGAUUCAUCAGUUGAACCAUCGUUGCUGCACAGUCCGCUGAUGGACAUGCGUUCCUGUCCCGGGGUAAUUUCGAAAGAAAAUGCUUUCGAUCCUUAUGGGGUGCAUGGGAAGGCAAAUCGUGCAAAUCUUGGAACCUAUAGCUCAGCAACUGAGGUCUCUUGGAUGGUUGUUGGAAAGAAACAGCUUGAGUAUGCGGCUGAAACUCUCAGAACAUUCAGGUCAGUAUGCUGUCCUAGUCCUUGGGCAAUCUUGCAUGCCAGAAUGUCCAAGUUGUGUCGAGUGCUCAGUCAACUGUGUAUGUCCCGGAGAAAGUUUGUUUGUGGCAUAUCACUGAAAGCUUAAUCCUUUGCUGAUGUAGUUUUGGACCACAAGUGCUUCUGAAUAGUUGCCUAAACUUUGUCUUCGUUGUGACAUGUCUUGCAGGUUCCUUGUUGAACAACUAGUUAAAGUGAGCCCUGCUAAGAUGAACAGCAACCAAAAACUAGCGUUCUGGAUCAACUUGUAUAAUGCACUAGUCAUGCACGUAAGUAAUAUACGCAUUGCCAUGUUUCUGGUAGGUGCCUACCAGUGCCUUUUCAGUUAUUCAUGAAUAAUCGUGCCUGCAGUUACCCUGAAUGCUCUUUACUUUGUAAUUGUGCAUAUUUCAGCCUCUUUCACUCUUCAACCGGACACGGCUUCUCAGCCAUGCUAGUAUGAAUAUAUGUAUGUGUGCCUGUGUGCCUGUGUGCCUGUGUGUGUGUGUGUCCCCUGGUUAAUUGAUCACAAAUCUCAAAAAAACGUACAUGUUAUAAGCAUUUGUGUUAGACCCAUAACGAACCAGUAGAGGUGUGUGGCACUCGUUUGCCUGCUGCCACAUUUUACAGACCUUAUAUGCACGCUGUCUUAUUUUUGUUUAGCAGAUCACAACUGACUCUCUGUUGGGAGCUGAGAGAAAGCAUGCUCAGGCAGCUUUUGAAAAGAACCUUGUCAUUGUUCCAUUGCCUUUAUAUUGUUUUCUUUCAAUCUCUAUCGGUCUAUAAAAGCACCUUGCCAUUGUCUUCAGGAAGACUGUUAUUACUCUUGCCUCUUUAUUAGAUCUCUGCCUUGGUGGGCACAUUGGAUUUGACUCGAAUUCAUGCUCGACGCCUACAGGCUUACCUCGCUUAUGGAGUGCCUAGAAAUGACAUCAAACACUUUUCGUUAAUGCAAAAGGUUUGUCUUUGAUGUCUGGCAUGGUAUUUAAAUGAGAUUGAUCGAGGGGAGGCGCACUCACGUGCUGUAUUGGUGUUGCAGGUUUCUUAUACCAUUGGCGAUCAAUCAGUCAGUGCAGCAGAGAUCGAGUAUGUCAUUCUAAAGAUGAAGCCUCCGGCUUAUCGACCGCAUAUCGUAUGCUGUUUUUCUGAUAUGCUCAGAGUUAUUUGUUACUCCGCUGUCUAUGUCCGUGUUGUCAUUGUUGUAAUGCUGCUCUUCUCAGGGUUCGGUCUUGGCUAUGCACAAGUUCAAGAUAUCCGAGGAGCACAAGAAGUUCUCAAUUGACAACCCUGAGCCCCUCGUUGCGUUUGGCUUAAGUUGUGGGAUGCACUCUUCGCCUGCGGUGAGAACUGCAAAUCCUCGUAGAUAUUUUUCCUUAUAGGUGUCAUGUCGACGAAUACCUGGAAUUUUAAUCCGAUUUGUGGAGUCAGUCAUAAAUAUGCCAAUGCGGAAUAAGUUUUUGUGCGAGUCUGUCUGGGGAUCGUAUCGUCUCUUUGACCAUACGGAAGCUGGCUGUGGGUCUAGAAGGUAGCAUCUUGAGUUGAGGAACUUGUUUCAUCUUUGGCCUCCUUUUCAAAGUAUUGUUCUAAUUUGUCCGUACCCACCACAUACCGGAGUGGAUCUAUCGUUCGUUAUAUGAAACGGAUGUUACUUUGUAUUACUGGCCCCAUUUUUAGUUUCACCUUAUAUAGUUACUUUAUAUUAGUGGGUAUGGCCCUGAAUCCUCGGGAAGGCACUGGUGAUCAUCCAUCAUGCGCCAGUUCAAGAAUCAGGGGGAUCUUUCCAUGUCUGCAUCUUGAAUUUGCCGCAUCUCGUGGUUCUCUGAUUGCUGGGUGCUCCUACUUACUUUCGUUGCAGAUAAGGAUAUUCACUCCCAGCAGAGUUAAAGAGGAACUUCAGAUCGCACUCAGAGACUAUGUCCGGGCUUCCGUGGGAAUAGGCCUCAAGGGGAAACUGCUGGUGCCAAAGUUAUUACACUGUUUUGCAAAGGCUGUGGUUGAGGACUCAUUACUGGUCGACUGGAUCUGCCGAUUUCUUUCCCCUGAGCAGGCUGCUUUAGUUCGAAACUCCACGUCCCACAGAAAACAGAGGCUUCUUGGGGUGCGGAGUUUCAUCAUCACCCCAUUUGAUUCUAGGUUCCGGUACCUCUUCUUGACUGAUGACAAAUACUAG